AUGAAGUUUAUGAAACUUGGAUCUAAGCCAGAUUCUUUUCAGAAUGAUGGGGAUAAUAUCAGGUAUGUGGCAACCGAGCUGGCAACUGACAUAGUAGUUAAUGUUGGAAAUGUAAAAUUUUAUCUUCAUAAGUUUCCUCUAUUGUCAAAAAGUGCACGCAUCCAAAAGAUGGUUGCAAACACUAAUGAGGAGAACAAUGAUGAUGUCCAUAUCCAUGAAAUUCCUGGUGGACCUGCUGCUUUUGAAAUAUGUGCCAAGUUCUGUUAUGGUAUGACAGUCACUCUGAAUGCAUACAAUGUCGUUCCCGCUCGCUGUGCAGCAGAAUAUCUUGAGAUGUAUGAAACUGUUGAGAAAGGAAAUCUUAUCUACAAGAUUGAAGUCUUCCUAAACUCUAGCAUUUUCAGGAGUUGGAAAGACUCGAUUAUUGUUCUUCAAACUACCAAGUCCCUUCUUCCUUGGUCUGAGGAACUUAAAGUAGUGAGCCAUGCCAUUGACUCUAUAGCUACCAAGGCCUCAAUUGAUACAUCAAAGGUGGAGUGGUCAUAUACCUAUAACAGGAAAAAACUACCAUCUGAAAAUAGUAAUGAUCCUCAAUUCAAUAGUGUGAGGAAGCAACAAUUGGUUCCGAAAGACUGGUGGGUGGAGGACCUUUGUGAGCUCCAACUUGAUCUCUAUGAACGGAUUAUAACAACAAUUAUAACUAAAGGAAAUGUUUCUGGUGCUGUAAUUGGAGAAUCUCUAAAUGCCUAUGCCUCAAGAAGGAUGUCUGGCUUCAACAAGGGUGUGAUCCAAGGAGGAGAUGCAGUAAAGAAUAGAUUAUUAUUGGAGACCAUAAUCCGAUUAUUACCCGGGGACAUGGGCAGUGUCCCUUUCAGUUUCUUGGUGAAGUUAUUAAGGGUUUCUAUUCUAUUGGAAUGUGAGGAGUUGGAGAGAUCUGAACUGAUUCGGAGAGUAGGUAUGUGCCUUGAGGAGGCUAAGGUCUCUGAUUUAUUAAUUCGGGUCCCAGCUGGUGACACAAUUUUUGAUGUUGACAUUGUGCAAAGGCUAGUAGAAGAGUUUGUAGCAUGUGAUCAACAUGUUCAGUUGGAUUCGCUGUUGGAAGAUGAAUUUCAGGAGAUCAGAAGCCCCGGGAUUGUUUCAGACACUUCAAAGGCGAAGGUGGCAAAACUGGUAGAUGGUUACCUUGCUGAGAUUGCACGUGAUCCCAAUUUACCCCUUUCAAAUUUUGUUAAUCUUGGUGAACUAGUAUCAAGCUUUCCUAGAGCUUCUCAUGAUGGCCUCUAUCGUGCCAUUGACAUGUAUUUAAAGGAGCAUCCUGGAAUUAGUAAGAGUGAAAGGAAAAGAAUAUGUAGGUUGAUGAACUGCAGGAAGUUGUCUGCAGAGGCUUGCAUGCAUGCUGUGCAGAACGAGCGACUUCCUAUGCGCGUUGUUGUGCAGGUUCUCUUCUUUGAGCAGCUGAGAGCUACAACAUCUUCAGGAGGCAAUAGCACACCAGAUCAUCCUGGGUCUAUCAGGGCCCUUCUGCCUGGUGGAUCUCAUGGGAGCUCAAGGUCUACCAUAACAAACACAGAAGAGGAAUGGGAUGCUGCGGGAACAAUUGAAGACAUAAAAUCUCUGAAAGGAGAACUUGAUGCACUAAAAUUAUCAGGUGGAAUCAGUGGGGCCAGUGGUGGAAACGACAAUAGUGCUGGUAAAGGCAAUGCUGAGAAUGUUGCUGCUAGUAAAAUGAAAGGUCUCAUGUCAAAGAAGAUACUGUCUAAGAUUUGGUCAAGCAAAGAAAGAAGUGGUGAGCUAACUAGCUCUGAUACAUCAGAAAGUCCUGCUUCCACUGUUGUAGAGGAAACAAAAUCUACCCCAUCUAGAAGCAGGAGGCAUUCAGUAUCUUAG